UCUCAACAUUCAUUGCGUCCUCAAUUUUGCUCUAGUUUUCUAACCCAAACUAAGCGUUCUGUUCUCUGUCUCGAGCAACACUGAAGGAAAAUAUGGCAGCAGAGUUUCUUACUUUUGGUGCUGAGGGAAUUCUGACGAGGGUGGCUUCACUUGCAGAGCAAGAACUCAGUCUUCUCUGGGGAUUCAAAGGAGAGCUAACAAGUCUGCGAGGCUCGUUAUCGAAGCUUCAAGCUAUGCUGCGAGAUGUUCAAAGUCCACAAGUUCGGGGUGAGAGGGUGGAGAUGUGGGUGAAGGAUCUUGAAGACAUAGCUCAUGAAGCUGAUGAUGUGUUGGAUGAAUAUGAAUAUGAACUUCUUCGGCGGAAAGUGGAGAUCCAAAACCAGAUCAAGAAAAAGGUGCUCAACUUCUUUUCACGCCAUAAUCCCAUCGCAUUUCGUCUCGAAAUGGCACAUAAAAUUCAGAACAUCAAUGCAUCUUUGGCAAAACUGAACAAUGAGGCAGCUAGUAUUGGGCUGGUUGCUAGAUCGACGUUCGUCAAUGCAACCUCUCAUGAUAUUGGAGGUCUUGAUAGGGAAACGGUCUCAAGCUUUGAUCAAGAUGAAAAGUACAUGGUUGGAAGGAAGGAGGUUGAGUCGGAGAUAGUUACAACCUUGAUCAACUCUGGUAAGAACCAAGAGAAUUGUCUUUCUGUUAUGGCCAUUGAGGGGAUGGGAGGCCUGGGGAAGACAUUUUUGGCUAAAUCCAUAUAUAAUAAUCCUGAGAUAGGUAGACACUUUGAUAAAAAAAUAUGGGUAUGUGUAUCUACUCCUUUUGAAGUCAAGAAGAUCUUAAGCGGGAUCUUGGAAUAUCUUAAACCAGAAAAAGCUGGGAUAAAAGGUAAAGCAGCAAUAUGUGAAAACCUGCAAGAAUAUUUGAAAGGGAAGACAUAUCUUCUCGUGCUUGACGAUGUUUGGAACGACGAUCCUAACAAAUGGGACGAUUUGAUGAAUUGCUUGUUGAAUGCUACAAGCACUAAAGCAAGCAAAAUCCUUGUCACUACCCGCAAUGUGAGUGUUUCAUCAAUUGUACAAACACUUCCUACAUGUGUUCUGAGAAAACUAUCGGAGGAUGAAUGCUGGCGCAUAUUGAAGUAUAAAGCGUUUCCAGAUGCGAGUGCUGUUUUGACUGAAGAUCAAGAGAGAAUUGGAAGGGAGAUUGCCAAAAAGUGUGCAGGUGUACCAUUGGUGGCAAAGGUUUUGGGAAAUAUGAUGCGUUCCAAAGAUACUGAUGGAUGGCGGUCAAUUCUAGAAAAUGGAAUAUGGGAUUUACCGGAAGGAGAAGAAAGAAUCUUGUCGGUUUUGAAGUUGAGUUUUGAUGAAUUGAAACCACCAUCUUUGAAACAAUGUUUUGCAUAUUGCUCAAUGUUUGUCAAAGAUUUCCAAAUUGAAAAGGAUGACUUGAUCAACCUUUGGAUGGCUCAAGGAUUGCUUUACCCUUCUCCUCCCAACAGACGUAAUCUAGAGAUGGAGGAUAUAGGAAAUGAAUAUUUUAAUAUUCUAUUGCACAACUCUUUCUUUCAAGAUGUUCAAAAGUAUGAUGAUGGUAGAUUUAUAAUGUGCAAGAUGCACGACCUUGUGCAUGAUCUCGCAGAACAUGUGUCAAAACGGAACAACAAUAACUUCAAUGAGACUCGACAUAUGACACAUAUUCCUACCUCAGUGCUGCAAGGAGUUCUAGAAAGAAGUGCUCAUAAAUUGCGCUCACUUUUCUUGGAUGUUGAAGGUCUUGGUGAUAUCUUACCGAACUUUAGAGGUUUGCGUGUCUUAAAUUUAUCUAAUGCUGAUAUUGAGGAGUUGCCCAUUUCAAUUGGAAAGUUGAAACACUUGAGGUAUUUGGAUGUUUCCUAUACAAAGAUCAAGGUACUACCCAAAUCCAUUGGAAAGCUUUAUAAUCUACAAACACUAAGAAUGUACAUGGCUAAGCUCGAAGAGUAUCCAAAGGAACUGCAAAAUUUGAUAAACUUGAGACAUGUUUAUUUUAAUCAGGAUGGUAUGAAAUUUCCAGCUGGGAUAGGGCGAUUGACUAAUCUCCGAACAUUAAAUUGUUUUGUGGUGGGUAAGGAGACAGGUCGUGGAAUAGAGGAGUUGGCUGGCUUAAACCUGUUAAAAGGUGGAUUAUCUAUCUAUAACCUAGAGCAUGUGAGAGAUGGAGAAGAAGCCAAGAAAGCAAAAUUAGUGGAGAAGGCAAACAUACGCAAGUUAAACUUUGCAUGGGAGCACGACAGGUCAAGCAUCAUCAAUGAUGAAGAGGUACUAGAAGGCCUUCAACCACACCCUAGUAACCUGGAAGCUUUAAGGUUUUCCAACUUCAUGGGCGAUAAAUGUCCAUCAUGGAUCAUGAGUAGUUCGUUUCCUGCAUUGAAAAGGUUAUCUAUUUCUAAUGCCAGGAACCUAACUGAAUGGUCGGAAAGUGGGAUACUGGUGUUUCCUUGCCUCGAGAAGCUGCUUUUGUGGAAUUGUGAUAAAUUGAGAAGUGCUCCCAGCAAUUUCCCAUAUCUCAAGGAGUUGGAGAUACAUUCCAUGGGUAGCGGCAUGCCAAUAGCAAACAUAAGCAAUAAGCUGACCACUCUUACUUCCCUCACAAUAAGUAAGAUAAGCGGACUUGUUUCUCUGCCAGAAGGAAUGCUAAAAAACAACAAGAAACUUGCAUACUUGGAGAUAAAAGAUUGUCAGGAGCUAACUCGUAUUGCUCCUGAUGUAGUUGGCUCUUGCGCAUUUCUUGAGUCAGUGCGUAUUUCCAAGUGUCCUAUUCUUGCUUAUUUGCCUGAUGGGCUACUCACAACAUCUCUUAAGAACCUGACUGUACAAGAUUGCAAUAGUCUACAGUUGAUUCCAGUUACACACGGCCUCUCAUCCCUCUGCAAAUUAAAGAUUACACGCUGUCCGGAGUUGUCAAGUCUACCAAGUGGGUUAGAUUAUUGUACCUCCCUUCAGGAGUUGACAAUAUCGAAUUGUGAUAUGCUAACAUCUGCUUUGAUUCAUAGCCUCUCAUCCCUCCGAAAGUUGUCUAUAUUUGGUUGCAACAGGAGUCCAGAUUAUGUUCCAAGUUUACUUGGCUUCACAUGCCUUCGUGAAUUGAGAAUCGAAGAUUCCCCUGGAUUGACAAGUCUGCCAGUAAGGCUGGAAUCCUGUUCUUCUCUUGAGGUGUUGAUAAUAAGCAAGUUGCCAAAUGUAGAAUCUAUUCCAAGUUUAGACAACCUCACAAACCUCCAUGUAUUGAGGAUAUUUUCUUGCGAUGGAUUGAAAAGUCUACCCAAUGGAUUAGCAAUAACAUCAUGCCUCAUGGACUUGAAGAUAUUGGAAUUCGGUGGUUUUUGGAAGGAGCUAGAUUCAUUCCCUGCUUUUCAGGUUAUAUCACAACUUGAAACAUUAUCGUUAUGGGGUUGGCCUAAGCUCAAGUCUCUGCCCGAACAAAUUCAACACUUGACUUCUCUAACAGAUCUCAGUGUGCAAUGCUUUGACGAAAUGGAGGCUCUUCCAGAGUGGUUGAGAAACCUUACAUCUCUUAAGUACCUGGAGAUACGUCGUUGCAAGAAUAUGAUGUAUCUACCUACACUAGAAGCUAUGCAAUGUCUCACCAAAUUAAAUUUCAUAGUAAUUGAUGAUUGUCCCCUUCUAAAAGAGAGAUGCAACAAGGAGAGCGGCUCAGAGUGGCCCAAGAUUUCUCACAUUCCACGAAUAUAUGUUGACGACGUACGGUUGUAGCGCCAAAUUCAAUAGUCUAAGAUGCGAAAUAGUUGAAAGUGGUGUGAAUUGUUGUUGAGAAAAUGAUUAAACUCAAGUGAGUGAGUCUGCUUCUAAAGGUGGUGUGUGGAGUGUUGAUUGAAGCUGCAUAUAUGCUACACAUCAUCGCCAUUGAAGAAAGGUGUCCCUUCCCUACAGCCUACAGGGUCUAUUGUUAUUUUGGCAUAAUUUGGAGGUGGGUUUUUUAUUUGUUACCUGAAGAAGCAUUUUUUGUAAUGGGAGCAAACAGAGUCCAGCUUUAUAGGAUUUAUUCUUUAUGGAAAAAGUGAGUAAGCUUGUUGGUUGUGAAGGUAUUCAAAAGCACUACAAUUUCUACAGAUAUUCCAGUGACUGAUGGGGGCGUAAAUCCAACACAACUCAAAUGAUCACAAAAUCAAGACAGAAGUCACAGGCUGCUCAAAUUUUGUGUGCGGAUCAGAAUCGUUUGUAGUUGGAAUAUUUUGGUAAUAUCCUUCUAUUGGUGUCCAGAAAACUAUAAAUUUAUUCAAAUUUUAGCAUGGGUGUCCAAAGAUGGAUUUUGGGUGCAAGCCCAACAGCCCAAGAACCAGCAACCAAGUCCAACUUAGCCUAUUGCUCCACUCUACCCCAACACCCCUCUUUCUCUUUCCUUUUUUUAUUUUAUUUUUAUUUAUUUCAUGUAUAUGUAACAUAUGAUCUUUCUUUGGUCAAAUGUAACAUAUGAUCAUACUGUUAAGAAUGUAACAUAUGAUCUUUUUUUAAGAAUGUUCAACUCAAGUGUACUGCUAUGCAACAAAAUCAAAAGCCCUUUUUAUUUAUUUUAUAAAUGUUGAAGCUUGGAAAUGUUACUAUCAAUCACAGAUCAUUGUAUUUGCUUCUGUUUUCCACUCAUUUAAUUACCUAAUUACCUGUUUUAAGCUUGGAAAUGCUAAUACUAGUGGUGUAGUGCAGGACAAGGUACAGAGCAACAUUGGUGCACAAGCUGGCGGCAGCAGUUCAAGGUGCCGCUUCAGAGGGGGCUGAGGGGGCGAAGGAACGAAGCAUUCAACAGGCUAAGAAUUCCUCCGGUGGCGCACUCCCACGUUUCACAUUGAAGACCGUAUUGCUUUGCUCUUCUUCUUCUCCGUGUUGGGGGGGGUUCUACCCUCUUUACAAUGCAGUUUUCACAUUUCCCCAGGAAAGAAGAAUGCUGAUAAAAGAACGGUCAUCAGGAUCAGGAAUGUACCGGCUUUCGUCCUACUUCCUAGCAAGAACAGUUGGAGACCUGCCACUCCCAACAGCAUUUGUAGUAAUAAUUUAUUGGAUGGGAGGGCUUAAACCUGAUCCCUUCACUUUCAUCCUCUUCCUGCUGGUGGUUCUUUACAACGUCCUUGUGUCCCAGAGUCUUGGCUUAGCCACUGGAGCCAUUCUCUGAUGGACAUAAAGCAAGCCACUAAUUUGGCAUCUAUUACAACACUUGUUUUCCUCAUCGCCGGCGGAUACUACAUUCAACAGAUUCCUGCCUUCAUUGUCUGGUUAAAGUACUUGAGCUACGUACAGCUACUACUGUUACAAGUUUGUGACAUUUUAGAUUAGAUUAAUCACAAUUUGUUAAGGGACUUUGCAUGGGUCUAUUAGGAAUUUGAGUUAUUUCCUCGUUGCGAAUUGAUGUUGCGGUGAAGAACUUCAACUUCGACUUCCUUCAAAUUCUAGUACUUGGUACUUUUCAUUUUUGUUACACCCUUAAAUUAAGUUUUUCUUUUCUUUUCUAAGCACUCA